AACCUGAAUUUCGCACUUAUUAUUGCAAAUAAUUUCAAAUGGGAAUCCCAUGGGAUGGGACAGGCUUAAAUUACCAUAGGAUGAGAUGGGACAGAAAAAUGUGUCCCAUGGACAAGCCUUGGAAUACCUAAAGAAACAUAUGAAAUAAGAUUCGUUUUAUUCUCGUUUAGUUCAUUUGUUUCAAAUGAAAAGUAAAUAUCAAUAGCCCCUAACUGCGAAUUUUGUCGCCUUAAAUAACAUGGACGGCAUGAAACGAUACCGUGUUUUACUUGUCUUUUGGCUCGCGACGAUGUUGACACCUUAUACCCGCGGCGAAACUCUAUACUGCAAACCACGAGCUGGAUGCGGCAUCGACAGUUGUGAUCCAAUUGCUGCGGGUUGGAAUGAGAAGAUUUUCGACCUUACAGAACAUCUUCAUCGUGAAGAAUUCCCAAUAAUCUGCAAACAGACCAAAACAGAUUCGUCAAAAAUACAAGAAGAACUUGGUACCGUUGAAAAAAAGGUAUCUAUUUUGGAGGAUUUGAACGUGGAUUUGGCAAAUGAAGUUGUAAAACUCAAAGAACGGAAUAAUCGAUUAUUUGAUGAAUUGAAUAGCAAAGCACUAAAGUUGUCAGAAGUGCAAACGAAAGUUGUAACGCUAGAGAAGAGAUUCUCAGUGAUGGAGGAAAGAUUCGAACGUAUGAACAGUAUAUCAGUAAUGGACGGAGAAACAGCAAGUGUAGAAAAUGCCUCUGUGGAUUCAGAAUACUGCAUGGUCAAAGUUGAUGAAACGUGCUAUUGGAUAAAGAUUCAAGAUGGCAAUUAUUACAGAGCUAAAGAAACUUGCAAAAAACACGAUUUCAAAGUAGCAGACAUUCCGAAUGAAAAAACUUAUCGUCGCUUAUAUGAUAAGUUACGAAAUUUGAUACCAGAUCAAUUAUCGUGGAUGAAAAUAUGGACAGGAAUAGAAAUAAAUACACAAACUGGGAAAAUAAACCCACUCACAUCAUACAUUGAAUGGCAAACUAAUUUGCCUCAUAUGGGACGUCCAUUUAUAAAAUUUACGAAUGUUUAUAUCGACGUUGGAAGAAAUUCAAAGAGCAUCGGAGCAAUGGGAAACAUUCCGCCUUCUGAUUCUACUCAUGGAUUAAUUUGUCAGUUUUGAUGAUGGUCGGAAUUCUUUUAUUAUUCCGCGUAAUUACCCGGUUAUUUACGAGUAUAACUACAACUUUAUUGCGCAGUGAAAAACAAAUUCAUGUAAUCAAAGAUAUAUAUUUUGGGUUUCGUAAUACAAAUUGUGAUUGAUAACAGUCUUAUAGAAAUAGAUCGUUUGGUUAGUGCGUUCUGUGUUGGGACGACGGCUGGCAACACAUACAAAAGUUAAGUUCGUGUGCAUUUUUAGAUAAAUACAUAUACAUCAUGUCGCGAUGUGGUUAUUUACAAGGGUUUGGUGAAUCAUGUCUCGGAGACAGUGAAGUACGAUGAGCUGCCGGAUGGUGAACAGACAAAUAAGCUACCUUGUUUCACACCAACGCACCUUGUUGAACGUAAGCGAUCAGACGCACGAUUAUUCCCCUGUAUGAUUUUCUGCCUUACAAAGAGAUAGAAAAAUGUCUCCUGGUAUUUUAUAUCAAUUAGUUAAAAAACAUAUUAGUCAAAUAAAUUGAUAAUAGUUAAUUAAAUAUAAAAGCACUAACAGUAAUCCGUCGACUUGGGAUGAAUAUCAGAUUCAUUCUUGAUAUAGUACACGCUGUCCGCAUAUUUAUAAAACUUGCUAAACAAGUCACAAUAGUCUGCUCUGCUCUGUAACGAGGGUUUAAAGAUAAUAAACGUUUGAGCACAUACUAAGUCUGUAACACUUUAUUCGCAAUAUUUGAAUGAUUCAACAAAAUGAAUGAAAAAGUAUGAAAUAGAAGCAAGUUCGACAAAAUACGAGAUUUGCUCCAUAAAUGCUCUAACUACACUUGAGGUCAUGAAGCAUGUGAAAAUCUCUAAUUUGGUAGCAAGUUCUGAAUGGUCUGUAAAAUAUCAAAAUGAUAUUUUCCAAUCACCCGACGUCACACAGUUGGAUGUGGUAAUAUUUGACACGCAGGUCUGUCCCAUUUUCAACUCAACAUCAACUUGGAUCAACGUGUCCGACAUGCCGCACACCAGGGGUCGACAACCUUUUGUCGCUCGCGGGCCAAAAUUAAGGAUUGCAACUCAUUGGCAUGCCGCCCAUAUUUUUAGAAAAAUAAAACCCGAACGGAUGAUACUUUUUAUAAUAAAAAUCAAGCAGUGAUACAUCUCUCGAAUAGAAUAUAGAUUUACUUCUCCAUUGCAUGUCAUAAAAUUCCAUUUGAAUAUUUUCAGCGCCAUUAAACCCUUUGUUAGCAUCAACUUUUCUGCGUUUGUUGCCAUUUGUCUAGUUAUAAUCUAAUUAUAUGCUCAAUUAACAAGUAUUUGUGAAUUAUAUAUUUGUUAGGUUAUUAUAAUUAUAAUACAAGUCUAAAGAUUAAAUCUUCAAAACAGCUGUUUUGUUAUUAUAAUUCUGUGAAGCCUCGCGGGACGGAUUAUAUUAGUCCGCGGGCCGUAGGUUGCCGACCCCUGCCGUACACUGUCAUGAAUGACAACUAUGGUUAUUCCAAAUUAUUAGAAUGUUAUUAUUAUUGAAAUAUGCUGAGUAGUGAACAAUGUACGCUCCUAAUACUAUUAAUCU